UGGCGGCGAGGAGGCCGCGGAGCUGAGCGGGAGGCUGCUGCUGUAGGGGGCGGGCGGUGUGCGCCCGGAGGACCGGGAAGGGCCGGCUAGGUUAGGUCGUGUGUACUCAUGGGUCGCGGGCCGCGGGGGCGCGCUCCAGUCUUCCCCUCCCCCGCCCCACCCGCGGCGCAUCCGGAAGAGGAAGCUCUGGACCGCGGCUCGCGCGCUCCCCCACCCCCCAGCUCUCCCCGCGCCGUGGUUGGUCCCGCCGACGGCCGUCGCUGAUUGGCUGCCGCCGGGGAGGGGGCGUGGCGGCGGCGGCCGCUCGACCUCCGCGGGUCUCUCAGCCUUUCCCGCCAUGUCGUUCGUGGAGAGCGCGAGGUCCGCGGCCGCGCGGAGGCGCCGCCUGGUCACCCCAGGUCCUGCGACGCGGCCCGCGCGCUCCGGCUUCACGCCGGGGGAUAGCCGGGGUGGGGGCGAAGUCGACGAGGACGAGGGAUGCGACCGAGUGGCCCGCGACCUGCGGGCAGAGUUCUCGGCCGGGGCGUUGUCGGAGCUCCGGAGAGCCCCGCCGUGCCCGCGGGUCGGGGACGGGUCGCCGGUGCUGCCGGAGAAGCGCAACGGCCUCUUCCCGGCCACCGCGGCCAGCCGGACCCAGGCUCGGCGGUGGCCCAUCCAGGUCCUUUCCAUCCUCUGCUCGCUGCUGUUCGCCGCCCUCCUUGCUUUCCUCCUCGCCAUCGCCUACCUGGUCGUUAAAGAGUUGCAUGCAGAAAAUUUGAAAAAUGAAGAUGAUAUACAUACUGGGCUAUUAGGAUUCUGGUCUCUGCUGAUAAUAUCUCUGACUGCUGGAUUCUCCUGUUGUAGCUUUUCUUGGACAGUGACUUACUUUGAUUCUUUUGAACCAGGAAUGUUUCCGCCUACUCCUCUUUCACCUGCUAGGUUCAAGAAACUGACUGGACAUUCUUUCCACAUGGGCUAUAGCAUGGCAAUUUUGAAUGGUGUAGUAGCUGCUCUCACUGUGGCAUGGUGCCUCAUGUAAACCCACAGCAGAGCAAUAUUGUUGGUGAAAGUCAUGAUUGUUUGUAAUAACAGAAACAAAUAUUGCCUACUCAGAAGACUGAAAUGUGCUUCAGAUACAAACCAUCAUCAUUAUUGAAGACCUUACAGAGCGUCAUUUCAGAAAUUAGGCAUUGGGACUAUCUGAGUACUUUCAUCUUAAAAGUAUAAGAUAUUUACCUCAUCUUUUUACUUUUGUUUAUGUAGUUUUUAUCAGUUACAGAAAAUAUUUUAAUGGAAAUCAAAUUUGGAAACUUGAAUACAAGACAAUGCCUAUCUUUCUAUGUAUACUCCAUUUUUUGCUAACAUGUUAUUGCUAGUUGAGAUAAAAAUAUUUCAUAUCUAUAGAGUACAUUAAGAAAAGAAUGCUGAGGUCGAGUGUGGUAACAAAAACCUUUAAGCCCAGCUAUAGAAACAGGAGAUAGAACCAGGUUCUGCCGGUUAGAGGUCAGCCUAUAGCUUGCACAGUGAGACCGUUUCAAGAAAAAGAAGAAAAAAUCAUGCCUAUUCUUUGAUAUUUUAUAGACACUACAUAAAUCAGAGGUUUUGAUAAUCAGUAUAACGCAAAUGGUGCAUUUAUAUUUUUGUGGAGUGUACCUAGGGGUUUUAUAUAUUUUUAUAGUAAUGAAUUUGUUUUUAAAAAUGAUUGCAUUUAUACCUAUGACUGUAAAUUUUAUUUCUUAGCUGAUAUAAAAUCUGCCCUUUAGUAAGUAUUUUGUCUUUUUUAAAAAGGCGUAAAAACACAUUGACUUGAGUUUAAGUAAAUUUAUUUUUUAACAGAAAGAUAUUGAAAAUUCAGGGAAAACUAUUUGUCAUUAUAAUGUUAAGAAAUUUGACAUUGUUAACCGUUUUUAUUUACUACAAUUGAAAAUAUUUAUUUUGUUGUAUGUUAUAGGGUACCAAAACUUGUACUGUUUUGUUUUUAGUAAAUGAAAACCUGAAAGUUUUGUAUGUAGAAAUGUUUAAAUUUGUUUACUUUUAAUCUUAAGAAUGUAGUUGCCAAGUAGAAAAGCUAUUUUACUACUCUGUAAAUGUAUAUAAUUAAACUGUAAUAUGUAUGUUGUUUUAUAUAUAUAUAUAGUUUUAUAACUUUCCUGCUUAAAUAUUGUAAUUGUCAUGCCAUGGUUUUUGUUAUUUUUAUAAUAAUUAAGCCUUAACUGUAUUUCUGUAUUGCUUGCUAUUAAGUGUUUAGAAAAUCACCUCAAUUUUAGAAAGUUGAAUGAUUUACACAGCUGUUUUCUUGGCUGUAGAAAAAGUUAGAUUAAGAAAACAUUUUGUAAUCAGCUUAUUGUAGCUAAGUGGGAAAUGAGUAUGUGUAGUGCAAUUGCGGUCCCCUGAUGAAUGCUAUGACUAAACAAGACUGCUAAAAGUGUCUAGUUUUUCUAUAACCUCAUUAGAAAUGACUUACAAUUUUUAGUGAGAGAUGAAGAGGAACAUAGAAAGGGUCUUCCGAAAUAUCAAUCCCAUGGCCUAAGUAUUCCUCCCAGCUGCAGUUGUUAAAUGAUUCUGUUGUUUACUGGCUCUUUCUCAUAUAUUAUUUUGACCUUAUUCUUUUCACCACCAUCUCCCAACUCUCCAGAUCCUUUCCUCCUCCCACCUUCCUACCCAUCCAGCUUCCUGUUCUUUCAGUUUCUCAGGGAAAAAAGAAAUGUGUGUUUGUUUGAAUGAUUCUAUUUUUUGCUCUCAGCCUUCUUACCUCCUUUCUUGUAAUUUUUUCCUCUAAAGGACUCUCUUAUUACAAAGAUAAUUUUAAAUUGUAAAAUCACUUUAUCUUCUCUCUACCUAUGUAAAGCACUAUCCCCAUUAUCACCCCAAUUUGAGUGGCUUCUUCCAAAUUCUUUAUAUGUAAUGCCAAAGAUUAAAGUUAGUCAGUUAUUCAUACACCAGGUAAGCUCAUUUAUAAUGUAGAUACAUAGGACAUAUAAUACACUAUUUCUCUAGCACACUGUGUCUUAUGAACUAGCAAUCUUCUUUGGAAAAUGUCCUUUCAUUCUCAGCACCUGAGGUUGUGUUUCAAUAAAAACCAUGUUUUAGGAAAGUGAUCACCUGAGGUUACUCAUUUUAGAUCAAGCUCUUUCCUGUCCACAGUGAUUGCAAUAAGAAUAGAAGGAUGUGAUUCAAAUCAGCCAGUUUAUAGGAUGUUUUUCAGUUUGAAACUAAGAUACGAUGAAACUGGGAGACAGGAUGCCAGUUAAUGCUGGCAGCCAUGUAAACCAAACUUAGUAGAAAAGGUGAGAAGUAGAUAAAGGUGAGAUGAAUACUGCUAAUGAUAUUCCCCAGAUCCUUGAAACCUAGUGACACUCUGCUAUUUCUGAAACUUGGUUACAAUAUUUUGGUACAUUUGUUUCUGCUAAUACAUUUGCACCACAAAGCAGUUGGAAUCAUCCAUCUCUAUUAGACACCUCAGUCUGUCAUGUGUUUGCUUGUAAUACCACCUUAGUUAUUUGUGAACUAUACGUGGGGUAUGAGUGUGCCUGUAGCUGAUGAUUUAGUCUUGAAGACUUCAAAGCUUUACAGUAAAGCUACCUACUGAUCUUAGUGCUUCAUCGGGAACUUUGUUCUUAAAUUGAGUUAGACAUUCUUUAAAUACUACCACAGUUUUGUACUAUCAAAACAUUAUCUAGUUAUAUAAGUUUUAAAUCUAAUUUUUAAUAUCUUAGUUUUCCAUUUUUUUUACCUGCUAAAUGGAAAAUAUAAUAGGCCAAAACAUUUCAAAUGGACAGUACAAUAGUGUUUGUAGGACCUUGAUAAGACAUUUAAUAUAAUUUAUAAUUUCAAAUAUAUUUGUCAAGACAUGGGCUAAAAACUAAUGAACUUAAAACUAAUGAACCUUUGAAUAUCGAACUUAACAAAUUUCAGAGUAAUACUCAUGUACACAUACAAACCAGAAAGAUUGGAAAUGAAAGGAUGUUAUAGAUCAGUAGAAAAUGGAAUUUUACAUUUAUAUAAUAUCAAAUACUAAAGAUAGGUUCUCUGAAAAGUAAGAAUUCUGGUUAAUCAUGUUUAAAAAGUUUUCAGUGUAUUUUUUAUAUUUCUGUUAAUUUUCUUGACAUGUUAAUUAGAAUCCUGUAUUGCACGUAACAUGCUAUCUGACUUAAGUUUAUUUGACGUAUGUAGUCAGCCAGGACCCAAGAAAAUGUUGAAGGGUGAAGGAAAAAACACACAAGUAGUCAAGCACACUGUGCUCACUAAACCAUGGAUACAAACCUGAUAACCUUAAGUGGAGGCAACAUACCGAGCUUACGUCCCUGAAAAAGGAAGGAAAGGACUGUAAAAUUUUUUUCAAGGUUUUUUUGUUUUUGUUUUAUUCUCAGCUUCUUUAGUCUGUGCCAGAUGGUUGAAAGGCCUCAAUUCAAUGUUUUUAUUCUUACUUGGAAGUUGAGAACACUGUGGUCCAUCCAAAACAUGAGAUGACUGCCGCCACAGUGCUUCUCCAGUCAACUUCUGGAUGUUCCAAGUAAUGGAGAUAUAUAGCGAUAUGUGUGUAUAUAUGUAUAUAUACAUGUAUACAUACUUUUACUCUGGUUUGCCAGUAGAAGUUUUUAUUCAGAAUCCAUGGUUAUGGAUCAUUUUACCAUAGAGAAUGUGAACGAGCUUUCUGGUUCUUGUUCUCUACUGAAUAAAUUCAAACAAGAUACAUGGGUAAGUGUAGAGUACUACAGAGUAGUAAGAGAUGAGAGCAGACGGGACAAAGGGAACAAUACAGAGGAAAAACUCUUACAGAUUGAGUGGACAAUGGAAAGGGAAUUGUGCUGACCUAAUGUUGAGGUAGGCUUUAUAUUGUCUGGGGUGCACUUUUUUCUUAAGGAUGUUAACUAGUUCACAUGAUAGUCCUGUUCCAUCAACUUUUGCCUGUUUAUUUUUGUUGCUGUUCAGCUCAUGUUUAGGCUGUCAUGUUGGUGAGACUUUACAGGUGUAACUUCUGACAUGGUUAGGAGACACAGUCUCACAAUAAACUCCCUGCUCUUUUGGUUUUACAAUGUUUGUGCCCUUUCCUCCACAAUGCUUCAUGAGCCUUAGAUAUGGGAGUUACUUUAUAGAUAUUUCCAUUGGGACUGGGCUACACAGCUUUGCAUUUUAAUAAGUUGUAAUUUUCUUUAAUGAUCUCUGUUACAAAGAGAAGUUUCCUUUAUUGAGAAUGAGGAUUUACAUGUAUUUAUGGUUAUAAGCACAAUUAGAGCAUUGUUGGGGAUUAUGCUGGUUUAGUGAAGUAGUUAAUAGACUACUUGACUACUUGAAGAUCCAUGACUUCACUAUCUCUAGCUAGGUUUCCAGGACCAGGCAUGAUUUCCUCUUGCGGAGUGGAUCUCAAGUCCAACUGGAGAGCUGUUAGUUGCUGUUUACAUAUAUAUGCCACUACUGCAGCCUCCGAGUGUCAUGCUGGUUUUUGCAGUUAUUAAGUAUCAUGGCUAGGUAAGGCUGUUGGUUGCUUGCUUUCUUUGAAAGCUUACAUGGCACCUUCUGGUACCAUGAAAGUCUACAGAAAGGAGGCAUGCAUGUCAGUUCCAGCUUUGGCCUCUGAGCCCUGUGUCCGAGUUGUAUUGUGUCUUCAGCAAUAUAGACUUACUUUUCACCCUUUGGGGGCAAACAAGGUAAAUAGCAGUAGUCUUUAAUUUUGGGAGAGUCUCUUGGACAACCCUGAUCAACCAGUCAAAAAAGGGCUUCUUAUGUCUGGUAUUGGGUUAUUUGUUAGAUGAUCUUUGGCUCUUGGAGGGAGCACUGUCAGCCCAGAUGAGAAAUUUUCAUUUAAAUUAUAUAUGUAUAUUUAUGCACAGGCUUACAUAUAAGGGUUUUUUGGGGAAUGGUAAGUAGUUAAUAGUUAAGAUUUUGUAUGACUUUUUUUCUGUAUUUAUCAUUCUUUCCUCGAUCCAAUAGAACCCACCUCAUUUUCACAUUUCCUUGGUCAGAUCACUUGUAUUUCAAAUCUUCAGGAGAUGGAUUUGUAAUGCUUUCUCCAUUUUACAUAGUAUUUCAGAUUCUAAGAGUGCUUUUAUCCAUCCCUCUUUUUCAGUUGUAAAAUUAUUAUUAGUGACAAAGGUAGUAGGGCCCAGUGCUCAGUGUGAGGGAGGGAAUCCAUCUUUGUUGUUUUUAUAUCCUGUUAAUUUCUAGCUAGCUAUCUACCAGCAUUUUGUAAUUGAGUGAAAAUGAAAACAACGUACCCAUGUCUGUAGGCACAGUGAAAGCAGUUCUAAAAGUCAAGUUUAUAGUACUGUCUACUUCAGAAGCUGGAGAGACCCCCAUUAUUAACUUAAUACAACUGAAAGUUCUAGAACAACAACAACAAAAUACCCCCAAAGAGUAGACGGCAAGAAAUAAAUUUAGGGCUUAAAUUGAUGAAAUAGAAGCAAAAAAACAAAAAUAGUACAAAGUAUCAACAAAGGGAAGAAUUGUUUGGUUGUUUUUGUUUUUUUUUUUUUUUUUUUUUUUUUUUUGACAAUCCUUAGCCAGAUUAACCAAAAGUGACAAGAUCAAAUUAAUAAAAUUAGGAAAGGGGGAACAUCACCAGGAUAUACUUUAAAAAUCUGUAAUUGUGGCUGGAGGGAUGGCUCACCUAUUAAGAGAACUUUUCUUUGUGCAUAUGUGUGAAGAAUGUUUUUAUUUUAGCCUAACUUUCCCACCCCAUCCCCCAUAUCUGGUCUUUCUAAAUUUUAUUAAAUUAAUUUCUUUACAGCCUGAUUCCAGCCCCCUCCCUCCUCUCAUCCCAGUCCUGCUCCCACACCCCUUUCCCCCAUACCUCCCCUCUAUUUUUUCUCAGAGAACAGGAGGCCCCAAGAGGGGUAUCAACCCACCCAGACACCUCAGGUCACAGCAGGACUAAGUACAUUCUCUCCCACUGGGGCCUGACAAGGCAUCCCAGGUAGGGAGAAGGGUUCCAGUGUCAGGCAAGAGAGUCAGAGAUAGCCCCUACUCCCAUUGUUAGGGGACCUACAUGUCAACCGUGCUGCUCAUCUACAUAUAUGUAGCAUAUAUGUAGGGGGCCUAGGUCCAAUCCAUGCAUAUGUGUAGGGGGUCUAGGUCCGGUGAUUCAGUGUAUGUGAGCCCCCAUAGGCCCAUGUUACUUGACCCCUCUGACUUACUGUUCUUCCACUGUUCCACUGAACACCCAAGCUCUACCUGUUGUUUGGCUGUGGGUCUCUGUAUCUGCUCUACCAGCUGCUGGAUGAAGGAUCUCAGAAGACAAUUGUGCUAGGUUCCUGUGUGCAAUCAUAGCAAGAAUUUCAUUAAUACUAGCAGGGGUUGGGUCUCAAGGUGGAGCAGUCAUUGGUUUGCCAUUUCCUCAAUCUCUGCUCCAUGUUUAUCCCAACAUUUCUUGAAGGCAAGACAAAAUUUAGGUCCAAGAUUUUAUGGGUGGUGUCCUCCCUCCUUCAAUAGGAAGCCCCACCUGGCUACAGGAGGUGGCUACUUCAAGCUCCUCCUUAACCCCUGAUGCUAGGAAUCUCAGCUAGGGUAACUCCUGUAGACUUCCAAGGAGAACUUGUUCUUACAGAAGACCUAGAUUUAGUUCAUAACACCUUUGGCAGUUCAUAAUCAUAAAUAACUCCAAAUGAAUGAUAUAGACAUACAUGUAAGCAAAACACACAUGGAAUAUAAAAUAAACGUAUUUUUUUUCUUAAAAAUCUAUACUCCAUAAAGUUGGAAAAUCCAAAAGAUAUGGCUGAGUUUCUUGAUAUAUAUGACCUACAAAGUUAAAUCAAGACCAAAUAGUCAAUUUAAACAGGCCCAUAAUUCUAAGUGAAAUAAAAGCAAUAAUUAACACAAACACAAAAAGCCCAGGGCAAGACUGAUUUAGUGUAGAAUCCUAUCACACUAUAGCAGAAUAAUUUAUGCCAACAUUGUUCAAAUUAUAACAAAAUAGUAACUGAAGAAACAUUUCCUAAUCUUACUGAAGCCACUAUUAAUUGCAAAACUACACAAUGACCCAACAAUGACACACACACAAAAAAAAGAAAUAUGACCAAUGUCCCUUAAGGUCAUUGUAAAGAAAAUCCCAAUCAUUUAAUUUUACCAAUAAAGACUCAGGAGCCAGAUACUGGAGUGAAAACUAGCUCAAAGAUGCAGAAAAAGCACCCAGCUGAUAAUCCUAUUCUGCCAGUGUCCCAGAAGGAAAAACCAAAAGCCCUUACUUCUUGAUGCCAUCUUAAGUACGUUUAUCUGAAUGUCCUUCCUUACUUUUUAAAAUCCCUAAAUCCGUAUCAUCCUGUUUUGUUGUUGUUCUGCCUCUUGACCUAGGAUUGACUUUCUUUAGCUCUUGGAUUAAAGGUGUGUGCUAGGGCUGAGCCACUCCACAACUAGAAAUAGGUUUUUACAGUUCACAAUUUGGGGUUCACAAUAGGAUUAAAUAUUCUGCAACAUUUCCCCCUUUUUGUAUAAAUAUGACACUAUUUCUCUAACAUCAAUAAACUGUAUACUGUCAGGUAAAAAUUACGUUCACAAUGUCAAGUCCAUAUGUAUUUAGCAACUUUGAAGAAAGUACUCUAUCUUGGUGUGUUCAAAGUUCUGUAUCUAACUCAAUUUCUAUCAUGACUUGCAUUACCAACA